GGGGCUGUCGCGGCUUCGGAGCCCGGCGGUCACCAUGAUGUGGUUCGGGGGCUCCAUCCCGGCCGCCAUCGCCGCCGCCAAGCAGCAGAGCUCGGUCUUCGUCGUGUUUGUGUCAGGUACGGUCCGGUCGGAGCGGGGGGGCGGCGCUGAGCGCCGGGUCUCGGCCUCCCCCGCGCUGACACGGCGCCCGCGGCCGCCGCGCUGCCGGGCCCGGCCCGGCCCUGCCCUGAGGGCCGCGAGCGGCGGUCAGAGCUGCGGGGCCGGUCCGGUGCCGUCCGGUUGGGGCCGCUGCGCCGAGCCGAGCCGAGCCGAGCCUGACUGCGGGGCGGGCCCGGUCCGGCAUGUCUGCGGCCCCGCGAGCUCCGUCCCCUCGGCCGCUCCUCCGCCAGCUGUUGCCGCACCCCCCGCGCCGUGCGGUCAUUUGUGCUGUGUCAGCGCGGGGCCGCUGCGGCGCGCCGUGUCCCCGGGCGGGCAGCGCCGCGCUUCGCCGCUCGCGUGGAGCGCCGCGCUCCAACCGCUGGGGCUGCGGGGCCGUUUGCGCACAGCUUCCUUUUCCUUUCGGGUUCUCCGUGCUGUUUAUCCUGUAACCGACCGGCCGUUGGCGGAAGUUAAUUCACGCUGACUUCGUGCGCGUUGCCCUCUCGUGUAGAGGAACGAGAAGGGAGCAGCUGGGGUGCGGUUGCGGUGCGGUGUCGCAUUCGGGCUUCCAGGCAGCGUUUUAAGGCCCUGAUAACGCGAUGGCAGCUGUGGUGAAAGGCUUUUAACGUGCUGUUAUUAGUUCUGUUCGUUUAUUUGCCUUUUCCUUAAACAUUCUCCAGUGUGUUUACCUUCAGAGGUAAGCUGACACGAUCGCCUUCAUAGUUCCUGGCGUGUUGUACGUAACUGCGUGCGAAGGCAGGUGCUGAGCAGGAGGAAGGCAGUGCUCUGCAACGCCUCACAUCUUCACCUGCGAAGCAGCGCUGUGGCUGCCGGCCUCCCCUCCGCCUCUCAGGCUUAGAUGUGUUCCCUUGGACUUCUCAGAUGUUUCGCAUUCCUAAAGACCUUUAGGAGCAUUCAGAACCCGUGGCUGUUCUGAACUCAGUGCACACGCGCUGGGAGUUGAGAAGCGAGUGCUGUAACUUACAGUGUUUUUUCAUGCGACUCGAGAACUGCGCAGGACUGCCCUUCUCUUCUGGAUGUGGAUGCUGACUGGGUGAGGAUGAACAGUCCACUGAGAUGGCUGCAAGGUGGGAGGACGCUCAGGUGACCGAGGCUGCCUCCGAUGGCUUUGUUGCUAUUAAAAUCGAUACCAAAAGUGAAGCCUGCCUGCAGUUUUCUCAAAUUUAUCCUGUAGUGUGCGUUCCAUCCAGUUUUUUUAUAGGAGACAAUGGAAUCCCUUUGGAAGUAAUUGCUGGCAGCGUUUCUGUUGAAGAGCUUGUUACCAGAAUCCAUAAAGUGAAACAGAUGCAUGCAGAAAAAGGGCGACCUCUGGAAAAUCCAUGUCAGUCCUCUGCUCCGUGCCCUUCGUCUCCAUCUGAUGGUGCACCAGAAAAUGUGCAGUCCACAGCAGAGGAUCCUCGUGGCUCUCCUGAGUCUGUUAUGUCUGAACCAAGACCUUCUGAUGCACUUGCAGACGGAGCAAAUUCAGGUCAAGCAAGCCAGGAAGCAACUCAGUCUUCAGAUGAGCAAGUGAGCAAUGCUCAGCCUGCGAAUGAUCUUGCACUCAAAGUAGAAAGAAUCACAAAAAAGCUUGAAGAAAGACGAGAGGAGAAAAGGAAAGAAGAAGAACAGAAAGAAAUUAAGAAAGAAAUAGAACGGAGAAAAACUGGUAAAGAAAUGUUGGAGUACAAAAGACGUCAGGAAGAAGAAUUGACAAAACGAAUGUUAGAGGAAAGGAACAGAGAGAAGGCGGAGGAGAAGGCCGCUAGAGAGCGUAUCAGGCAACAGAUUGCAUUGGAUCGUGCUGAGAGAGCAGCUCGCUUUGCAAAAUCGAAGGAAGAAGCAGAAGCUGCAAAAGCUGCAGCUCUUCAGGCUAAACAAGCUGAAAUAGAAGCCAGAAAAGAAGCAUCUCAAAAGGAGCGAAGUGCAAUAGCCAGGAUUCAGUUCCGCCUUCCAGAUGGAUCUUCCUUUACUAACCAGUUCCCAUCUGAAGCACGGCUGGAAGAAGCGAGGCAGUUUGCUGCACAGACGGUUGGUAAUGCUUAUGGCAAUUUUUCUCUGGCGACAAUGUUUCCCAGAAGGGAAUUUACCAAAGAAGAUUAUGGAAAGAAAUUACUGGAGUUAGAGUUAGCACCCAGUGCUUCUGUAGUGCUGCUGCCGGCAGGAAGACCUGCUACUUCUGUUGUUCAGGCUUCAGGCGGUGACCUGUGGAAGUUCUUGGGCACAAUACUUUAUCCCCUCCUCGCAGUCUGGAGAUUUAUUAGCAACUUUCUGUUUACGAGUCCACCCCCUUCAGAGUCUACUGUGAGAACAGUCCAUCAGCAAGACCAUUCAAAUCCCUCAAACUCUAACAAUGUUGAGCAAAGCAGGCAAACUGUCAGGAAAAGAGUAACAGAAAAACGAGGGGAAGACUUCAAAAAAGAAGGCAAAAUAUAUAGACUGAGGACUCAAGAUGAUGGAGAAGAUGAAAACAAUACCUGGAAUGGAAAUUCUACACAACAAAUGUAGUUUUGAGUAACUGCAGUAACGAGUCAGGCUUUUUUGUUGUUUUUUUUUUUGUUUUUCCUUAUUUGAUUUAAGUCAACUAAAGCUUCUGGAGAAGUGGGGCUUCUUUCACACCAACUGAAUUACUUAAUUCUUAUUCCUACAGUGGAGUUUGGAAUAAAGUUGCCUAUUUCAGAACAAUCAAGUGGGUGUAGCUGUGGCUUAAGAAGUCAAGAGUUGAAAAGAUUGAAAAUGUCCAUCCGCUUUCAUAAUCAUUACCCUACUGCCAUUAGUAAGGCACUUUUUAAUCUUUAAAUAUUCUGCUACAUAAAGUUAAGCGCCAGGUAUUAAUAUAAAGGCCAUAGUAGGGAAUGACUGAUUCAAAAUGAGGGUUUCAGAAGCACUAUAAGUAGCAAAUCAGGUAACUAAUUUAUGUUUAACUUUUUUCUUGCUUCUGCAACUGCAAGCAAAACCUUGUAGUUUUUAAUUCCCCGAGCACUCAAUAAACUAUUUUCCAGAAAA